AGGUCGCCAGGCGGGGCUGGCGCCGGUUGCCGCCGCCUCGGCCUCAGCGGCCGUCCUGCAGCCUCAUCCCGCGUUCCGCAUCCGUAUCCCGUGUCCAGCAUCCUCCUCUCGCGUCCCGCAUCCGCAUCCUGGUGCUGCGCGGGCCCAGGCUCCGAGGAUGGCCCUGAGCGAGGAGCCGGCGGCGGGCGCGCGGGAGGACGGCGCGGAGGAGGGGGCGCUGGCCCGCGGCGGGGUCCUGGAGGCGUUCGGCGACGGCGCGGAGACGCGCGAGCUGCUCGGCCGCCUGCGGGCAGUCCUCGGCGACCGCGCGGCCCGAGAGGGCGCCUUGGAGCGGUUCCGAGUAAUAAUGGACAAAUACCAGGAGCAGCCUCACCUCUUGGACCCACACCUUGAAUGGAUGAUGAACUUAUUGUUGGAUAUAGUGCAAGAUAAGACAUCUUCAGCUGACCUUGUACAUCUGGCUUUUAAAUUUCUUUACAUCAUCACCAAGGUUCGAGGAUAUAAAACAUUUCUUCGUUUAUUUCCUCAUGAAGUAGCUGAUGUGCAGCCUGUUUUAGAUAUGUUUACAAAUCAGAAUCCCAGAGACCAUGAAACUUGGGAGACUCGCUACAUGCUUUUGCUGUGGCUGUCCGUGACCUGCUUGAUCCCUUUCGACUUUUCACGCCUUGACGGGAACCUCCUCAGUCAGCCUGGGCAGAUUCGAAUGUCCAUAAUGGACCGAAUUCUCCAAAUAGCAGAGUCCUACUUGGUGGUCAGUGACAAGGCCAGAGAUGCAGCUGCCGUCCUCGUGUCCAAGUUUGUCACCCGGCCUGACGUCAAGCAGAAGAAGAUGGCGGAUUUCCUGGACUGGAGCCUGUGCACCUUGGCCCGCUCCUCCUUCCAGACCAUCGAGGGGGUCAUCACCAUGGACGGGACGCUGCAGGCCCUGGCACAAAUAUUUAAGCAUGGAAAACGUGAAGACUGUUUACCCUAUGCUGCCACCGUUCUCGAGUGCCUGGACGGCUGCAGGCUCCCCGACAGCAACCAGACCCUGCUCCGCAAACUCGGUGUGAAGCUCGUGCAGCGGCUGGGCCUGACCUUCCUGAAACCGAAGCUGGCGAAGUGGAGGUACCAGCGUGGCUGCCGCUCAUUGGCCGCUAACCUGCAGCUCUGUGCCCAGGGUCGAAGAGAGCCCCAGACACAUGCGGAGACUCCUGAUGGUGAUGCAGAUGAUGACGUCCCCGAGGAGGUGGAGCGUGUCAUAGAGCAGCUGCUGGUCGGAUUGAAGGACAAGGACACUGUCGUGCGGUGGUCUGCGGCCAAAGGCAUCGGUAGGAUGGCUGGGAGGCUUCCCAAGGAGCUGGCGGACGACGUGGUCGGGUCUGUGCUGGACUGCUUCAGUUUCCAGGAGACGGACAACGCCUGGCACGGCGGGUGUCUGGCGUUGGCGGAACUGGGCAGAAGAGGCCUGUUGCUCCCUUCUCGGCUUGUAGACGUUGUCGCUGUGAUCCUGAAGGCGCUGAUCUACGAGGAGAAGCGGGGUGCCUGCAGUGUGGGCGCCAAUGUCAGGGAUGCUGCCUGCUACGUGUGCUGGGCCUUUGCACGUGCCUACGAGCCGCAGGAGCUGAAGCCCUUCGUGGCCGAGAUUUCGAGUGCGCUGGUGAUUGCUGCAGUGUUCGACCGCAGUGUAACCUGCAGGAGAGCAGCCUCUGCUGCUUUCCAGGAGAAUGUGGGAAGACAGGGCACUUUCCCUCAUGGAAUUGAUAUUUUGACUGCUGCAGACUACUUUGCCGUUGGUAACAGAUCCAACUGUUUCCUGGUUAUCAGCAUGUUUAUUGCAGGCUUUCCUGAGUACACACGACCCAUGAUAGACCAUCUGGUUGCCAUGAAGAUCAACCACUGGGAUGGGGUCAUCAGAGAGCUCUCGGCGAAGGCGCUGUCUAACCUGGCCCAGCGAGCGCCUGAGUACAGUGCCACUCACGUCUUCCCACGUCUGCUGUCGAUGACGCAGAGUCUGGACCUGCACACGCGGCAUGGGGCAGUGCUGGCCUGUGCGGAGGUUGCCCACAGCCUGUCCAGACUGGCAGUGCAGGAGGACAGGUUGUGCUUGACCUUCCACAGGCCCGUUGCGGACUACCUGGACGAAACAGUGGUGCAGGGCCUGAAGCAGAUUCACCAGCAGGGGUCUGGGAGGAGAACUCAUGAGACAAGCAGUGUAACAGGAAUGGCGGGUGCAGAGGCCGCACUCUUUCCGUAUUAUGUGUGGGCAGUUCAAGAAGAAGACUUUUGUGUAGGCACUUUAGGAGGAGCACCCCAGGAUGGUCACCUGUCCGACCCAUGGUGGAACCCCCAGUGCUCACCUGUGAUAGGAGUGCUUCUUCCAUCCUUGGAGACCCUUUUUCUCCCAUUGUGCGUUUUAAUAGAAAACUUGUCCCUUUCCAAAAUGCCCUUCAGAGGUGAUGCUGUAAUCGAUGGUUGGCAGUGGCUGAUAAAUGACACUCUGAGGAAUCUCCAUCUUAUUUCAAGUCAUUCUAAACAACAGAUUAAGGAUGCGGCUGUCUUGGCCCUGGCCGCUCUCUGCAGUGAGUACUACACGAAGGAGCCUGGGGAGGUGGACCCCGCCCGGCAGGAGGAGCUGAUAACGCAGUAUCUUGCUGAACUUCGGAGCCCAGAGGAAAUGACCCGCUGUGGCUUCUCGCUGGCCUUGGGCGCUCUUCCCGGCUUCCUUCUGAGGGGCAGGCUCCAACAGGUUCUAGCUGGUUUAAGCGCCGUCACCCACAUUUCUCCCGAGGAUGUCAGCUUUGCCGAGUCCCGGCGGGAUGCCUUGAAGGCGAUUUCGAGGGUCUGCCAGACUGUCGGUGUGGAAGCAGGAGGGAGCCCGGAUGAAGUUGUGUGUGAAGAGAAUGUUGCCCAGAUUUUCCGCACGCUGCUGGACUGUCUGAGGGAUUACACCACUGAUAGCCGCGGGGACGUGGGGGCGUGGGUCCGUGAGGCCGCCAUGACCAGUCUGAUGGACCUGACACUUCUGCUGGGGAGGGACCAGCCAGAGCUGCUCGAGGCCCAAGUCUGUGAGCGUGUCAUGUGCUGCCUGGCCCAGCAGGCAAGCGAGAAGAUCGACCGGGUCCGGGCACAUGCUGCCCGCAUGUUCAUGGCACUGCUGCACGCCGACGGCCCUCCCAUCCCGCACCUGCCCCACCGUGGAGACCUGCAGGAGCUCUUUCCCAGGUCUGACAUGGCCUCCGUGAACUGGAACGCUCCAUCCCAGGCUUUCCCUCGCAUAACCCGGCUCCUGGGGCUACCCGCCUACCGCUACCAUGUCCUGCUGGGGCUCGCUGUGUCCGUGGGAGGCUUGACGGAGUCCACGGUCCGGUACUCGACGCAGAGUCUCUUUGAGUACAUGAAGGGGAUUCAGCAUGACCCGCAGGCCCUGGAGGGCUUCGGGGGGACCCUUCUGCAGGUCUUUGAGGACAACCUUCUCAAUGACAGGGUCUCUGUGCCGCUGCUGAAGACACUGGACCAGAUGCUGGCCAAUGGGUGCUUUGACGUCUUCACCUUGGAGGAGAACCAUCCCUUCUGUGUGAAGCUGCUGGCGUUGUGUAGGGAAGAAAUCCGGAAGUCCAGAGACGUGCAGAAGCUGCGCUCCAGCAUCGGGGUGUUCUGUGGGAUGGUGCAGUUCCCAGGUGAGGUGAGGAGGAAGGCUCUCCUGCAGCUGCUCCUCCUGCUCUGCCACCCGUUCCCCAUGAUCCGGAAGACCACGGCCAGCCAGGUAUACGAGAUGGUGCUGACCUAUGGCGACGUCGUGGGCGCGGGCGUCCUGGAUGAGGUCAUGGCAGUGCUCAGCAGCACGGCCUGGGAUGCGGAGCUCCCACUCGUGCGAGGCCAGCGGAACCGCCUGUGCGACCUGCUUGGAGUGCCCAGACCACAGCUGGUCCCCAAGCCCAGCACCCACUGAGGCCAGUCCUGGGGGCGGAGCCCUGAGGCCACCUGGCGGGAAGAGGAGCCAGGUGACGGUCAGCACAAAAAACCUGGGCACAGCGUCUCGGCCAGCGGAGGGCGGCCCAGGCUGGUGCAUAUGCCGAGGGACUUUGUCACCAUGGAGGCAGCUUCACACACGUGUCCUGCACUCGAGUGACCUGGGGUGUUGGUGCUUUUAUCUUGACUUAAUCACGAGCCCAUGUCUUGUAAAAUCUUAUAAAAUCGUGUCUUGAGCAGU